AUGGAGCUUAAUAGCAUCAAAGAUGCAUUUGACCGUGUCGCUAAGAAGCAAAAGUUAUGUUCUUCCAAGUCUCAAGAAACUGUUGACCAGGUAGGGCAUGAAAUUGAGAAGGCAUUGGCAACACUUCAGUCACCUCAGGAUCCCUCAAUUCCAGCUGACCAGAAAUCCAUUCUUACAGAACUUAAGUCAAAGCUCAAUGCUAUUGGGUCACUUCAACAGUUAGAAGGACCACAUAAGGAAUUGAACUCAAGUCUUCUCAAGUAUCAAAAACUUCUUGAAAAAUCGUUAAACCCUGACAUCUCAAAGGCAUACAGAAAUGUGGACUUUGAUACUCAUAUUAUCAAUCAGAUCAUUGCAAGCCACUUUUACCAUCAAGGUUUAUUUGAUCUUGGAGAUAACAUCCUGAAUGAGGCUGGGGAGCCUGAUGCAACUGCACUUAGAUCUCAAUUUCUGGAAAUGCACCGGGUUAUUGAAGCCAUGAGGGGUAGAAACCUUCAGCCUGCUCUCACAUGGGUAUCUGCCAAUAGUGAAAAACUUGCUCAGAUUGGUUCCAAUCUUGAACUUAAGGUUCACUCACUGCAUUAUGUAGAGAUUGUGCAAAAUGGAACCCAAGCUGAUGCCCUAAAAUAUUCCAGAACGUAUCUUGCUCGUUUUGCUGAGACCUACAAGGAUGACUUCCAAAAGCUCAUGGGUUGCCUCAUGUAUAUAAGAAGGCUUGAGAAGUCUCCUUAUUCUGAAUUGCUAUCCCCAAUUCGUUGGGAGACAACAACUGAAGAGCUUGCGCGACAGUUCUGCUCUCUUAUGGGACAUUCCUAUAAGAACCCUCUGAGUAUGGUGUUUGCAGCUGGUGUUGAAGGCUUGCCCACACUGCUAAAGCUGGCAAAUGUAAUGGCUGCAAAGAAGCAGGAGUGGCAGGACAUGAGACAUUUGCCAGUACCUGUAGAAUUAGGUAAAGAAUUUCAGUUCCAUUCGAUUUUCGUUUGCCCUGUGAGUAGGGAUCAAGCUAAUGAAGAGAAUCCUCCAAUGCUCCUGCCAUGCUUACAUGUCCUUUGCAAGCAAUCUAUUCUGAAGUUAUCAAAAAACAGCACACGAACAUUCAAGUGCCCGUAUUGUCCAGCGGAAACUACAGUUGCACACUGCAGACAAGUGUACUUCUGA